AUGGCAUUGGCUUCAAUCAAACCCGAAUCAAUUGAACAAGUUGAUAAUGUUCAACUGAGAGUUUUGGUUGAUAAAGAAAGGAACAGAGUUGUGUAUGCUGAGGCUGGGAAGGAUUUUGUUGAUGUUCUCUUCAGCUUCUUAACAUUGCCUUUAGGGACUAUUGCUAGACUCGUAGCUAAAGACUCAAACAUUGAAGCAGUUAAAUUUGGAAGCAUUACCUCACUGCAUCAAAGUGUGUCUGAUCUUGAUCAACAAUAUCUAUGGAAUCAAACUUGCAAAGAAAUGCUACUCCGUCCUAGAAACUCUAUGGAAGAUUAUUGCCACAAUCUCAAAUUGAAUAUAGAUGACACGGAACCUGUGCAAUACUUCCUGUGCAAGAAAUUGGAUUGUAGAAAGAAGAGUGGGUGCCUUUUGAGCAUAUUCAAGGAUCAAAAAUGCUAUUGUGGGGAAGUAAUGAAAUUGCAAGCCUUCCGUAGUUGUUUUAAUCUAGAAGAUGGUUUUGUAAAGGAGAAUGCGACUUUUAUCAUUUGUGAUGAUCUUUACGUGAUGCCUAAUGUUUUUGGAGCGAGUCUUCAACUACUUCAAAAGCUUGGAGUCGAUAGUGUGGAUGCUAUUGAGGAACAAACUGUUGUCAUCAACAAGAAAGAGGUAGUUGAUCUUCUAAAGUUAUCAUUAAUCUCAAAGGCCCCUUUAACCGAAUUUAUUUUUAAGAACCAAUCUGUUGGUAAUUAUUCUAAUCUAAGAAACAAUAUUGAGUAUCUGAUCAGAGAGACACCUUCGGAUGAGGAUAGGCAGAUGUCUGUGAAAGUUACGUUGAGAAAAUCAAAUGAAAAAAUUCUGUUUGUUGAAGCAGAUGAUGAUUUUAUUGACUUUGUUUUUAGUCUUCUAACCUUCCCCUUAGGAGGAGUGUUGCAAAUGCUUCAAGGAUUGUCUUCUCUAAGCUGCAUUGAUAAUUUAUACAAGAGUUUGUGUGACUUGAGUCCAGACAUAUAUUUCACGUCACAUGAACUCAAACACAAACUAACUAACCCUCCCAUUGCUGCUCAAUAUGAACUCAGCAACCAGAUAUUGCCAAUUGUUGGAGCUUCCAUACCUAUGAAUUAUUGUCAUCGUUACUAUGAUUACAAAAAUCAGAGGCUUGUUACUGAACUUACAAAAGAAAUGGUAUAUUUUAACUAUAAUAGGCUUUGUGACGAAACAUUUGCACGACUUAAAUUGGUUGAUCCCAAGUCCUCUACUUCAAAGUCGUCAUUUGCCAAAGGACCGUCAAUGUACAUGGUCACAGAUGACUUGUUUGUUAGUCCAAUGUCAUCCAUUUCUACUAUGGCAUUUCUAAAAAAGUCCAAAGUCCCUCUAUCUGAUUUGGAGGAAAGAGUUGUCAAAAUUGGUGUCAAGGAGGGUCUUAACAUUCUAAAAGCUUCCUUAAUCUCAACAUCUGCUUUAACAAAUGGUCUCAACCAAUUUACAAGAACAGUUAAGGAUAUACAGGUCUCAACCUCUGCCUUAUCUGCUCCUCAAGAUGCUGUGAGAUCAGAAUUUAACUUUGAGGCAUUAGGCAUAGAUAAUACUCAAAGUUUGGUUGUUCAGCUUCCGGAAGCUUCAAGCUGUACUCAAGAUUCGCAGCUUCCAAGAGCUCCUUUAAUGGAAGAAUUGCCACCGCCUCCGAACAUACAGGAACCACACAUGAAUAUCGCAAAAAAGGAGAAUGAGAACACUGCUUCAUCAGUACCGGCUUUGCGAAGGUCAGCUAGGAAACGUAAGGGAGGAGGUCAAGCUUAA